AUGGCAAGUUUCGACGCCCCGCUUGACUUUGUUUCCUCACUGGAAGCUGGACGCGUCUCCAAGAUAGUCCUGAACUGUAUCGGACUGCGCUCUUUCUCCUCGAUACGUUUAAACAGCGAUGCCGAGUCGUUGCGGCAAUUCGUUGAAAUCUUUUCCAAUGCAGAUUUGCAGGAAUUGGUUAGAAGCAUCCACUACGACGUCAUACUUCCGCCCGUGAGCGACAAGCGGCUGCAGAACAAACUUCAGAGCAACGCCGAGGCUGCAGAGAAUGCGGUUGCCUUUACGCGCGCGCUUUCAAGUCUAUUCACGAUACUCAGUGCCUGGAAGGUUGAGGGUAUUGAUCUAUACCUCACUGCCACUUCACCAUCUGAUGAUGCCGCACUUCGAGACGGCUCUCGUAGUGUCCACGCCAAGCCAGGCCGUAAUGACUUGCAGUACAUUACAUUUAAUGGCACCGUACUUUCCAAUGCACAACUCCCCUCAGUUCGGGCCAUUGCAGCCCUGAAUACUCUGAAACUCGAUUGCCACUCUGGUAAAGCGUCAGGACGAAGACUUCAUCCGGACCUUGUCUGUGCCAUGGCGACAGCACUUCCGGCCCUUGAGAGCGCAGCAUGGGAGUUUUCCAUGCCCCCUCGACGCAUGGCAGCCCGGCGCCAAACUUUCAGAGAAGCACUUGCGCAUUUGUUAAUGCUUCCUUCACUUUCCUCCAUCAGGAUGCUGCACAUUACUCUACACGACAAGGAUCCGCGUAAUGAAGAGACAGGGCCGGAGAACUUCGUGCUAGAUGGCCGCGACGACGGUCUCAGCGCUGCUGUCCAGACAACUUUUACUCUUCCCGAAUUGCGCGACAUACACUUUGGCGGAAAAUGGUCCCUAUCACCUGUUGCGUUCAAGGGAGGAUUCGGACCAUCAUUAGCCUCUGUAUAUAUUGACCUCUCCUCGGUCACUCCUGACGGCAAAUGGGUAUUUGACAUUGUACCUCUUCCCUCUGACGAAGAAGAUGUCAGCGAUGGGGAUUCUCCUAGCGAAUCGGAGCAAACAUUUUAUGAUGACUUUGACUCUGCAGAUUCAGAUGCAGUGGACUGGGUGGACAAGAAAGCCGAAGCCAAGGCCAACUUUGAAUUACCGGCCACAGAUAGUCGCGGUGACCCAAGUCCUGAGAACUUCAUGCCCCUAGCCACCUCGAUCGCAGAUGCAGUUUCAAGUUCUAAUGGUCCUCUACGCGUGGUCGAAGUCCACCUCCUCGGCAGCAUAUCCCACAUUCACUUUGGAUAUCUUGGUUCAGCAAAUGAACCGGCUGAACAGCCACGCUUCUCGGGAAAUUGGCCGGGCUGGUCUCGAGACAAGAUCCAAUCCCAACGCCAAGGCCUAAUCACAAGGCCAAGCUGGCAAAUCUUCGUCUGGGGAGAAGUGGUGCGAUGGAAAAACGUGUAG